AUGGUUACAUCGCACCCAGAGUUCAACAGGGACACCGAGAGCCUCGACGUCGCCAAGGCUUUCCCGGAUAGAAUUCGCAAUAAAACCAUCAUAGUUACUGGCGUCAACCGUGGUGGAGUGGGGUUCUCUACCUCACAGGCUUUUGCCUCUCAGUCCCCAGCUUGCCUGAUCCUCGCCGGACGCAACCUGGAUAAAAUCCAGGAGUGUAUCGAUGCCAUCAAGCAGGACUUCCCUGGUGUCAACUGCCGUGCGCUUAAGAUUGAUCUUUCCAGCCAGAAGUCGGUCCGUACUGCAGCUGCGGAAGUCUUGGCCUGGCCUGAUGUGCCUGUCAUUGAUAUCGUGGUGAAUAACGCUGGCGUGAUGUGUGUUCCAGAGCGAACACUCAGUGUCGAUGGACUGGAGAUGCACUUUGCUACAAAUCACAUAGGACAUUGGCUGUUAACGUGCUUGAUCAUGCCAAAGCUGAUCAAAUCUGCCGACGGCAAACCCAAGGGAACCACACGAAUUGUCAAUGUCUCUUCCCUAUCGCCCACCAUUGCGACUAUGCGUUGGAGUGACAUCAAUUUUGACAAGCCAAAUAAAGAGCUACCAGAGGUAGAGCAGCCGCCCUAUCCAAUGCUCGAGGCAUGGGGCUUUUCAGACUGUCGCGAUCGAUCAUAUGUUCCUUUGGACGGCUACAACCGUAGUAAAGUAGCCAACGUGCUCUUUGGCAUCGGAGCAACCGAAAGGCUGUAUGAGAAAUACGGAAUCCUUUCUUUGGCGGUGCAUCCGGGCAUCAUACAAACGGAGCUAGGUAGGGACUUUGAUGAGGAACAACUGGCAGCCUUGGCCGGCAUGAGGACCAAAGGCAUAUUUAUCCAUCAAAGCCUCGGCGCAGGAGCUUCAACUUCGCUGGUGGCUGCACUGGAUCCCAAAAUGAAACCUGGUGAGACCGUCAAUGGGAAGGAGAAUUACGGAUCGUUCCUAGUGGAUUGUCAGAUAAGUGAUUCCGCAACUCCCCUUGCUGUUUCGAGAAGCGAGGCUGAGAGGCUCUGGGAGCUGUCAGAAGAUCUUGUCAAGGAAAAGUUUUCUUGGUAA